AUGUCAGAAACGAGCAGCGAACUACCAAAGCACCUUACACCACUUCCAAAGUUCUGCCAACUUAGCAGCCGGGUAUGGAGGAUACUUGGAUUGAACCCCGGCAUGUUCACGCUGCAAGGAACGAACUGUUAUCUUGUUGGUAGCGGCGACCGCCUGGUGCUGAUCGACUGUGGUGAAGGCAUACCAGAAUAUAUACCAUUAUUGCAGCAAUCGCUUCAGCAAAUCUCGCCUAAUGCAUACAUAUCCGACCUCCUCAUCACACAUUGCCACACAGAUCACUGGGGCGGUGUCAAGGACGUGCUUGGAAUGGACAGCAGCAUCAACGUGCAUAAAUUUCCAGCAACAUCAACUGCCUACGACGGCCAGCGCUUCCAAGAAAUCUUUCCCUCCGAUGUCGAAUUAUUACCGCUUCAUGACGAUCAAAUACUCAAAAUCGACGACAAUACAACACUACGCGCGAUUCACGCGCCCGGCCACUCGUCUGACGACUGUAGCUUUUGGCUGGAGGAAGAACAAGCGUUGUUUGCAGGAGACUGUGUCCUCGGUUACGGUACAACAUCCUUUGACGAUGUAGCAGUAUAUAUCAACUCGCUCGAGCAGUUAAAGGCGCUCAAUCCCAGAGUCUUGUAUCCUGGUCACGGUCCAGUCGUGGACGACGCGAUAGGCAAGAUCCAAGAAUACAUCGAAUUACGCAUACAACGAGAAAACGAAAUUCUUCAAGUGAUUCUCGCCAACCCGUCAAAGCCGACAUGGACAGCAUAUGAAGUCACUGCAGAUCUUUGGAAAGGAAAACGAGAAACGCACGACAUACGAGAUAUCCAUGUACGGGGAAUUGGGUUGCACCUGAAGAAGCUUGGAGAGGAUGGCAAACUAAAGAAGCUAGACUACAUUGACUCCACACUGGAAGAAAAGAUAUUCCUAAAUCCUUGGUCCAAACCAGAGAUACUAAAGAUCGUAUGGAUGUACACUGGCGGCCUUAAGAGCCAAUUAUAG